AGAAUCGAAGAGUUCGUGGCCUUCACUUCGCCGGUCAGUUUUCGUCGAGUACCUGAAGAAGCGGUAGGUACCGCUGAAUGCACGGUACCUUUAAAAACUUCGCGAUUAAGUGUGCGAAUCGCUAACAUGCCAUAAAUGCGAAAACAUUGUGCUGUAAGUGCGGAAGUUUAGAAAACUAUGGCCGUUUUGCGAUUAGUAACAAGUUGCGUGGAAAACUAUGCCAAUAUCAUCAACUCACAAAGCCAAGUCGCAACAUAUUAGUUAAAUUCAAAAAUGGCAACUUUUCCCAUCUGGUUUCUUCUGCUGGGAGUGAUUUUCGGAGUUCUCUCAGCCUCCUUGAGCAAAACUCUCCGCUACCAGGCACCAGAUGAGUGCAAAUGGGUGGUGGUGGAUUCAUCGUCAGAUGAGGACGAUGUGGCACUGGUGUGCAGACUGCGGACUAUCAACAGUGAGCUGGAAAACACGAAUUUUAGUGUGAUCCAGCCGCAACACACAGUGCGACUGAAAUUGGAGUGUUCGGAUGCGCUCUUCUUCCAAAGCUCUUUGAGUGCCGGCAGCUUCAAGCCGUUAGUUGAACUGAAGGAACUGAGCAUCGAAUAUUGCAAAAUCGGCAAUCUUUCAGACGGCGCAUUUCGAGGCCUCAAAGAUCUGCGGAAUUUAACCGUGAAAACGCACAACACCGAUUGGAGCGCCAUGAGUCUGGAUAUCAGCCCAAAUGCGUUUUCUGACGAACUACGAAUGCUGGAACGGCUGGACUUGGGCGAGAACAACAUGUGGGCUAUUCCCGAAGGGGUUUUGUGCCCAUUAUACGCGCUGGAGCUGCUAAACCUGACCAGAAAUCGACUGCGGGAAGUAACGAGUUUCCACUUUUCAAACAGCUUCUCGGAGAAAUGCGGAGUAAAUCUGAAAAUAUUGGACCUGUCACGGAAUAGUAUCGAUUCGUUGCCUUCGGGCCCGUUUUCCAGUUUAUCACGACUCGAAAAACUGUACCUUCAGGGUAAUGGAUUAACGUCCGUUGCCGAUCGCGCUUUAGAAGGCCUUACAGCUUUACAUAUCCUCAAGUUGUCGGACAAUCGUUUAGUGAAUUUACCACCCGAGUUGUUUGCGGACACCCGCGAUUUACGCGAAAUGUACCUGCGAAAUAAUUCGAUAAACGUUCUUGCGCCAGGUUUAUUUAGCGAACUCACGCAACUGUUGGUGCUGGAUUUAUCGCACAACGAGCUAACGGCCGAAUGGAUCAACACGGCUACAUUUGCAGGCUUAGUGCGUCUGGUUGUUUUGGAUGUAAGCUACAAUCGAAUUUCGCGACUGGAACAAAGUGUUUUUCGGGACUUGUACAGCUUGCAAAUCCUCAAGCUGAACGAUAAUUUCAUCGAGAACAUUCCUGAAAACGCGUUCAGUGCUUUGUACAAUCUGCACACGUUAAUCGUGUCCAAUAACAAGCUGACUCGAUUGGAGAGCGACACAUUCAAGGGCCUCCAUGUGCUCUCAUUGUUGUCGCUGGACAACAACAAAAUUACCUGGAUUCACCCGGAAGCGUUGAAAAAUUGCUCGGGCCUGCAACAUUUGCACCUCAACGGCAAUCGGUUGCAACAAGUACCCGAUGUGAUUAAAAGCGUUCCGAUGCUGAAGUAUUUAGAGCUGGGCGAGAACCACAUUGACUCGAUAAACGAUGAGGCGUUCAGCGAUUUAAAGCACAUGUACGGACUACGGCUGGCAGAGAACAACAUCGGAAACAUCUCUAAAGGUGUAUUCGAUAAAAUGGUCUCGCUGACCGCUCUAAACCUUUCACGCAACAAGAUUCAAAAAGUGACCGCCGGCACUUUCGACAACAACGCUAAUUUACAAUUCAUUCGGCUUGACGGCAACUAUUUAGCCGACAUUGACGGAUUGUUCGCGAAGCUGCCCAGUCUCCUGUGGCUGAACAUCUCCGAUAACCGGCUCAAAUGGUUUGAUUAUGCCUUAAUACCCACCGGUCUUCAAGGGCUGGACAUUCACUCGAACCUAAUCGAGGAAUUGGGGAACUAUUUCGAGAUCGAAUCGACGCUGUCGCUGAAAACUUUCGACGCCAGUUCGAAUAAACUGACUGAAAUCACUGGCAGUGCCAUUCCGAACAGCGUGGAAGUGCUGCUGCUGAAUGACAAUCUCAUCUCCAAAGUGCAAUCGUACACGUUUUUCAAAAAACCCAACCUGACCAGGGUGGAUUUGUUCGGCAACAAAAUCACCAGCUUGGACCCGAAUUCGUUGCGAAUUUCCGCAGUGCCUCCCGAGAAAGAGCUGCCGGAGUUCUACAUCGGCGGAAAUCCGUACAGAUGCGACUGCACCAUGGAGUGGCUUCAGAAGGUCAACAGUGUGAACAGGGCGCGAACGCAGCCCAAACUGGUCGACCUGGAAAGCAUUUUCUGUCAGCUGCUGUACAAUCGUGGAAAAACGUAUGUGCCUUUGGUUGAAGCCGCCCCCUAUCAAUUUCUAUGCACCUACGACACGCAUUGCUUCGCUUUGUGCCAUUGCUGUGAUUUCGACGCUUGUGACUGCGAAAUGACUUGCCCAACAAAUUGCACUUGCUACCACGACCAAUCCUGGAGCGCCAAUGUGGUGGACUGUAGCUCCAGUGGCUACAUUGCAAAGCUACCCGAGCGGAUCCCCAUGGAUGCCACUCAGCUGUACAUUGACGGUAACGACUUGCGAUCCUUGAACAGUCACGCGUUUAUUGGUCGCAAAAAGCUGAAGAUUCUCUUUUUGAACAAUUCCAACAUUGAGGCCAUUCAAAACCGCACGUUUCAUGGCCUCAAGGAACUGGAGACUCUGCAUCUUGAAGGCAACCGCCUGACUGUCCUGAAGGGGUUUGAGUUUGAAGGUCUGGAGGAGCUGCGCGAGGUGUUUCUGCAGAAAAACCGACUAUCGCUGAUUGAGAACGACACCUUCAAAGGGCUGAGGCACUUGAAGGUGCUGCGCCUGGACCACAACCGGCUGGUUACGCUGGAUGUUUGGCUUCUUUCCAGUACGCUGAUCGAAGUGACUUUCGCAUUCAACCCUUGGAGCUGUGACUGCGAAUUUACAGAAAAGCUCCGCGAGUGGAUGAUUAGAAGUGAUUCUGUGCUCGAUCUAGCCAAAGUGAGAUGCCUGUACAAUUCCACCGACAUUGACUAUUACAGUGACGAAAUCUACUCGGACAGUCCUGAACUGGGCUUUUUCGUCACCCAAAACUUCACCAAGUGCACAGGCGGUGCAAACAUCGACAACAGCGUCAAUGGGAACCUAACUGCUACCAAAACCAUCAUACAGAAACAAGCCAUUCACGACUAUUUGCCGCUUCUCGUGAUAACUCUAGCAGUUUUCGCGAUUAUUGUCAUGCUGACUUUGGUCCUAUUCAUCUUCAGGCAAGAAGUGCGCGUUUGGUUGCACUCAAAGUUCGGCAUCAGAGUGUUCCAAAGACCCUCGGACAUUGAACGGGACGAUCGGGACAAACUAUUCGAUGCCUUUGUGAGUUACAGUUCAAAAGACGAAGGGUGGGUUGCGGAAGUUCUGGCUCCCGCUCUUGAACCGCACUACAAAUUGUGUCUGCACUAUCGGGACUAUCCAGUCGGGGCGUUUCUUGCAGACAGUAUAGUGCAAGCAGUUGAAUCGUCCAAACGGACUAUUAUGAUUUUGUCGGACAAUUUUAUCAAAUCGGAGUGGUGUCGAUUCGAGUUCAAAUCUGCACAUCAUCAAGUGUUGCGCGAUCGGAGACGAAGACUCAUUGUGAUCCUGCUGGGCGAAGUGCCCCAGAAAGACCUCGAUCCCGACAUCAGGCUGUACCUGAAGACCAACUUCUACCUGCAAUGGGGCGACAAGCUGUUUUGGGAGAAACUCAGGUAUGCUCUUCCCGAUGUUCCCAACAAUCAUAGACAUAAUUCAGUGAGAACUCCCCAUGUGCACCACCAUGUCCAUAGACACAGCGGACGGGGACAGCCCCCAAAUCCACCGGGCCAACAAGGUCCCAGAACUGUAGCUAUACACAUUUGACGAUAGUAAUUAUUACUAUUUCCUUCCUAAUGUCAGACAAAUUGUGAUAAUAUUGUAGAUUGACUUAGUAGUGCAAUUGUUGAUGCCUUUUUGUGAUAUGUUAGUAGACGACUCGGGAGUACGAGUGGGCGCACGUUUUAUUCAUUAGUUUACGCCAAAAUUGUAGCAAAUUUUUCACCCAAAAUUGUAUGUACUUAAAUGAAACUUCCCGAGGCCAAUAAAAAAUUAAUCCUCUCAUUAUAGUCAAACAAUGGUAUUGUACAUUAUGUGUAAAUACAUCCACCUGUAUAUUAUUUAUUUAAGAGUAUUUGAAAGACUGUUUUUGUACAUUUAUAACACUGUUUUACGUACUUUUUUAAUUAUAUAUAUAUUUAUUAUAAAAUAGACAAUUCUUCAAACGUCCAUUUGUUAUAAAACCAUUACGAUUUCUGUAAAUUAUUCUUGCACAUGAUCAGAAUGUUAUUGCCUCUCGCCUAUGAAUAUUGAAAAUGACCAAUAAAUGUGAUUAGUCAAAUUUAA